UUCGAAAACAUGGCGGUGCACAUCACGUUGACGGAGAGCCGUAAGAAGACGGCGGUACCUGACGCGCCGAAACACCUGGUGACGCCGGGCGACGUCAUCACGGCGGACACGGGAUACAUGAGGGGCCAUGGCACGUACAUGGAUGAUGACAAGCUGAAGGCCUCCCUGGCUGGAGUUGUGGAGAGAGUCAACAAACUCAUCUGUGUGCAGCCGCUCAAGACAAGGUACAAUGGUGAGAUUGGUGAUGUGGUGGUGGGGAGAGUCAGCGAGGUUGGCCAGAAAAGAUGGCGGGUAGAUGUUAACUCCAGACUAGAUGCCAUUCUGAUGUUGUCAGCAGUCAACCUCCCCGGAGGAGAGUUGAGGAGAAGGUCAGCUGAGGACGAACUGAUGAUGAGAGAGUACCUCCAGGAAGGGGACCUCAUCAGUGCUGAAGUGCAGGCCAUUUUCCAUGAUGGAGCACUUUCUCUUCACACCAGGAGUCUCAAGUAUGGCAAGCUAGCCCAGGGAGUGAUGGUACAGGUGUCCCCGUCGCUGGUGAAGCGGCGUAGGACUCAUUUCCACAACCUGGCCUGCGGGGCCAGCGUCAUUCUGGGGAACAACGGCUACGUCUGGAUCAGUCCAACUGUCAACAACGAGAGGGGGGAGAGUAGCGGGGGGUAUGAGCAGGAUCUGGAGCCUGUUCCAUCGGCAGACAGGGAGGUGAUAGCCCGGCAAAGAAACUGUAUCCUGGCCUUGGCCACCCACAAACUCAUGUUGUACGACACAAGUGUACUGUACGCGUAUGAAGCUUCGCGUCAGUAUCAGGUGAAGGACCUUCUGCAGCCUGAUGUAGCAGAGAAGGUUGCAGAUGACACCAGACAGAGACUACAGAUGGAGUCAGGAUGAUCCUCUGUUCUUAUGUUACAGUUUUCCUGUUUUCUUACUCCUUUCUAAGUUUGUUACAAGCCACAUCUGGCCAGCAAUUCUCAUAAACUCAUGUCAUGUUAUACAUGUAUAACUUAUACAGUAAGCAACAAACCAAGAGGGUAGUACAUUGUAUUGUAUUGUAAUAUGAAUAAACAAAAAGAUCAAGAAACUAGGAAAUAAUUGAACAGCCUCCCAUGUUGGGUGACAGAUCACACUGAUAUUUUUUUUAAAUUCAAGAGCAUCUACUAGUAUGGACUCUGAAGUCUGACAGAAACAGAAUUUUUCACCUCAGCAAAGAACGUAAACACACUCUCACUUUUAUUUGCCUCCAAGUCCUGUUCAUUGGCACAGAUCUCUAUUCCCAAUGUCUUCUGCUCAUUUAACCAAUAAAACAUUUAAAGAUUUGCAAUUAAUAUUGACAAAGCCCAAUGUGUUUUUGUGAAAUUUGUAAAUCUCUAUGAUCAUGCUAAAUUUUUGCUGCUCAAUAUUUGAGCUUUAUGGUAUCUUUUGGUACUGUAGAAAUAAGCCUGAAAAUCUCUCUCAUGUAGCUAUCCAUUUUCUUACUCCUUUCCAAGUUUGAACAAUUUUUCCAUUAAAAAAUUUCCAUAAACAUUAAGCAACAAAACCAAGAUGGCAGACUGUGUAAUUUACAACAAUAAAAUCAAGGAACUGGAAAAUAA